AUGGAUGUAUUUCGCUUUCAGCUUUCUCCCCACCUGGAGCUCGCCCCGCUCUCGCCCGCCUGGAGCACGCCCGGCUCUCGCCCGCCUGGAGCUCGCCCCGCUCUCGCCCGCCUGGAGCUCGCCCCGCUCUCGCCCGCCUGGAGCUCGCCCCGCUCUCGCCCGCCUGGAGCUCGCCCCGCUCUCGCCCGCCUGGAGCUCGCCCCGCUCUCGCCCGCCUGGAGCUCGCCCCGCUCUCGCCCGCCUGGAGCUCGCCCCGCUCUCGCCCGCCUGGAGCUCGCCCCGCUCUCGCCCGCCUGGAGCUCGCCCCGCUCUCGCCCGCCUGGAGCUCGCCCCGCUCUCGCCCGCCUGGAGCUCGCCCCGCUCUCGCCCGCCUGA